AUGGCCGAAUCAAAUUCUCAAGAACACUCGCCUAUUAACCAAGAUCAGGAACGCGAUUCGUUACCCGUCAAUGGAAAUAGUAACGGUGCUUUUAGUUCUGUGACAAAUGAUACUUCGCAACAGGAUAUUUCUCCACCUCAGAGUCCAAAAACACCAAAUUAUCAAUUGAAAUACAGUUUGGUCGGACAUAAAAAAGCGGUUUCUAGUGUCAAGUUCUCUCCCGACGGAAAGUGGUUAGCAAGUGCAUCUGCUGAUAAAACAAUAAAAAUCUGGAAUGCAAAUGAUGGCAGAUAUGAAAGAACUUUUAAUGGCCAUACACAAGGUAUAUCAGACGUGGCAUGGGCUCUUGAUUCUAUGUCCUUAUGCUCAGCUUCAGAUGAUACAACGAUACGAAUAUGGCAUUUGAAUCAGAACGAAUCCGUAAAAGUUCUCAAAGGACACUCGAACUAUGUCUUCUGCGUUAAUUACAAUCCACAGUCAAGUUUGAUCGUAUCAGGUUCUUUUGACGAAAGUGUGAGAAUCUGGGAUGCCAGAAAUGGCAAAUGUUUGAAAACCUUACCUGCUCAUUCCGACCCAGUUUCUGCUGUUCACUUCAACCGAGAUGGAACAAUGAUUGUAUCGUGUAGUUAUGAUGGCCUAAUCCGUAUUUGGGACACUGCAACGGGUCAAUGCUUAAAAACUUUGGUGGAUGAUGACAACCCUCCUGUAUCAUUCGUUAAAUUCUCGCCUAAUGGUAAAUAUAUUCUUGCUUCAACACUUGACAACACUUUACGUCUUUGGAACUUUCAUUCUGGGAAAUGCUUGAAAACGUAUGUCGGCCAUACAAAUAAUAAAUAUUGCAUCUUUUCGAGUUUUUCUGUUACGGGUGGAAAAUGGAUCGUAAGCGGAAGCGAAGAUAAUAGCAUUUACAUUUGGAAUUUACAAACUAAGGAAAUUGUACAAAAAUUGGUGGGCCAUUCUGAUGUCGUUCUUACCAUCGCAUGCCAUCCAACCAAGGAUAUCAUUGCAUCCGGUGCAAUCGGAAAUGAUAGAACCGUUAAGUUAUGGCUUGUUAUUAGCUUUAUAAUCUUCUCAAGUUCUAUAAUAGCUCACUAUCAACCACGUGGAGGAAGGAAACCAUCGGUACCUGAUAUUGCUAUAUACCCAAGUUUGAACAUUAUUCCAAAGCCUCCAAUUCCAUCAUCACCUCCACAACAUGGACUAAGUUUUAUUCGUAGAACCCCUUCUCGACAUUGUGAGAUUCCUCCGGUUGACAAAUCGGUUAGAAGGCACAUAGCAGUAACAGGACAGCUAGGAGUAUAUUACGAAGAGUGGAACUUCGGUGCUCUCGAUUAUCACACUGAUGAAAUCAAAAACGUCACCAACCAAAUGGCUGAAACAGCCAGAAAAAUUGACGAAAACUUAAAAAUUGAAAAAAAAAAAAACGUCGCAGACGUUGGUGCUCCUACUGCUUGCACAGGACCAGGUCUUAUUAAUUAUCAAGUUAAUAUCACGACACAAGAAGUAUUUUGGAACCCGCCUAUUGUCGGAGGAUCCCCUUCCACAGUUGGGUAUAUUAUCAUGGUCCCUGUUGGUGUCACUGCUCUUUAA